AUGGCGGACCCAAAGACCGAAUUCGCGUCCCUUCUCGAACAGACCGUCGCGGCUCCACGCCUCUCGGGCUCCAAGGUGCAACGUCUAACGGCCUUAUCACAAAUACUGACCGCCCAAAACGCCGAUACCGAGGUCGUCACGACGUUUUAUCGCGUCAAUGCCGGUCUCCUCCCCGCAAGCCAAGGGCGGAUAUCGAGUCUAUACGUCUUUGACGCGAUCGCUCGCGGGGCGCGGAAGGAUGCGGAUAAGGAGAAGGAGAAGGGGAAGGCGAGGGAGGGAAGGGGGAUGACGGGAUUGAUUACCAAGAUGGAGGGCGUGGUGGAUGCGUGGGUCACGGGGUUGGUGGAUGAUGGAAAAGGAGGGGUCUGGGCGGAAGGGAAGGAUAAGGUCCGGAAGGUUCUCGACAUCUGGAGAAAAGGAGCGACUUUUCCUCCCGCAACGCUCGACCGCCUUCAAGCCCGACUGGCCGCUUCCGAUCCGGGUCCAAGUCGACCGCCACUCGUCACGGCGGGCACGAACGGUGGCUCUUACGCCGGUGCGAGCACUACACCGCCGGGCACGCCGCCAGCGCCAAUGUUCUCACCGGUGCUGCCACCGCUCAGUCUACCGGGAGUUGGAGUCAAGGGAGAGUCUACAGCACUACCACCACCCGCGUCCGCCUCGACCUCGAUCGACACAGCGGUCAAGCCCGGCCUCCCCUCGGAACUCGCCAAGCUUCUCGGUAUUCAAGAUGCUCCCCCGUCCGCAGAAGCUUCUGCGCCCAAGAUCGACAUUGCGACCCUGCUCGCAUCUGUACGACCCGUUGCGCCCGUCCAGUCCCCGGUCCUCGCCACUCAGCCGGGUCUUUCGGGGUAUACACAACAACCACCUUUCCCGCCUGCUCCCGGCGCAUCGGGGACAUCUGGUCCAAGUGCCGGUCUCCCGUUCGCCCUUGACCCCCGGCAGCUCGCUGCUCUCGCCGCCCUCGCUCCUCCUUCUGCGCAAGGAUCCUCGCAAGCACCGUUCCCGCCCUCCGGUCCACCUCCACCCGCAGGGCAGUAUGCCCCAAAUGGCAGCCACGCGGGGUAUGGCGGAUACCCCCAAGAUCGCCCUUUCGGCGGGGACAAUCGCGGUCCGCCCAGACGCGGAAGUGGCGCUCGGUCCCCGCCUCCUUAUAUGGCUCGUAAUGGAAGUAGUGGAUACGAUGGCCGAGAUGGGAGGGAUGGGCGGGAUGGACGAGACGGGAUGAGCAUGAAUGGGCAUCGCGAUGCCGGUCCGCGUGAUUUCCGACGGGACGACCGCGGACCACCACCUCAGCCUGGCGGGUGGGACCGGGACCACAGGGAUGGGGGACGAGAUGGUGGACGUACGUUCGACCGGGGUGGUGGGGGCGGUGGUGGUGGUGGGGAUCAAGGAUGGGGAGCUAGGCGACCAUCCAGGGAGAACGGAUACGGCGGACCAAGGUCCCGAUCCCGCAGUCCCGAUCGAGGUCGAAGAGAUGGGCCUCCUCCCAGAGACGGGGCAUAUGGCCGGCGAGGCGAUAAUGGAUACUCUGAUCGAGGCGGGCGCGGUGGGCGGAUGGGCGGGCACACGAGGGGCGCCGACUCGUUUGGGAGUGUAGACCGAGGGGACGGGAGCGGGGGUGGAGAGGGAAGAGGAGGGGUCAGGCCGAAUUAUGGCGGGUUCAAGAAUCAGCCGGGACGAUUCGAUCCGCCGCCCGGGCCCGGGUCGGGGCCGCCGGCUCGCUCGCCGAUACCACCAGCUCCUCAGGUUCAAGGUCGGGCGCCGCCCCCACCGGGUCGGGACCUCCCAAAUGCGAAUGCGAAUGCGAAUGCGAAUGCGAAUGCGAAUGCGAGGGCACCACCUCCGCCAGGAAGGGAUAUGGGCGUCGGCGCAGGAAUGGACAGAAGCAACUCGGACGGCACCCACCCGUCCGUUGCUAUCGGAGCGGCACUGUCCGCACUUGCACCACCCUCGCAACAAUCACCACCUGUAUCCGCGCCCAACAAGCUUCCUCCAUCCUCCGGCCCAGCCCCAGGCGGUAUGGGCAACGGACCUCGGCUCGAGACAUUCGACAUCACCUCCUUCAACCCCAUGAUGCCGGAGUCAUGGGCGGCGCUUGCGCUCGCAUGGAAAGGAACCACAGGGCGGGAGGCGGGUCAGAUGGAGCUCAUGGGGUUCUUGGCGGGUCAGGGACCGGUCAUGCCGAUGGGCAUGGGUGGUGGAGGUGGUGGCGGAGGCAGUGGUGGCGGAGACGGCGGAGGGGGGAUGGGUAUGAUGGGCAUGGGCAGAGGCGGAGGUAUGGGUAUGAGUAUGGGCGGAAUGAACGGCGGUAUUAAUGGGCAGGACUAUAUGGGCGGGAAUGGGUUCUGA